AUGUCAAUGAUCAGUAGAGUACUCUCCAGCAAGUACAUUAGAUCAGAGUUGUUUAGACAUGUGUCAUUGAUACACAGACAGUUGGGCAUCACCAAUGUCUUCCAUUCAUCAGAUGUAGUAUCACUCUAUCAUUGUGUACUAUGUGGAGACACUGCCAAGUUCAUCCAUCAUUGUGAUCAGUUGGAUAUCAGUAUCCACUCACCUCAAGAAUUGUUGGACACGAUCAAAGAAGCGUUCAAACAUGCAAUGUGCCGCAUGAAUCACAGAUUGGUGACAUACGUUAUAGAACGAUUCAGACAAGGUAGUAACACUAGCUCAGCUCAGUUCGUUAAAUAUGUGAGAGAGGAGUUGAUCUCCUUUGAUAAACAUCAGUCUCAGUACUUCAAGUUCAGUCAUCCAAUGAUACACACUGUGCUCGGCUAUCUUAAAGAAAUUGAUCACCACUGGAUCGCUCACAACAUGAUGAGAUCAGCUUUGGCGGAUCAUGAUGAUGGCUUGGACCUGUGCGUCGAGAUUGCACCAUUCCAAACGCCUGGCUGUCCUGCGAUAGCAGCUAACUUGGUCAACUUUGCCAUCAAACAACGACUCAUUGAUCUGUUGGUGUGGAUUGCCGAGCAUGUGGACGACGCCCGAGUCCCAAGGGAACUCAGACUUCCACUCAAAUCUUCAUCACAUCCAGUUAGCAUUGACAGUCUCAAGAAUAUGAUGUCAUUGCUUGAUCGCACACCAUUGUUCAACAGACUUGCAAAGAUUGGAGAUGUGAGAUUUAUGAAGCAUGUCCAUCAUCUCGUUGCCGAUUACAUCAUGACCAACAUCAUCAAGGAUGUAAGAAAUAGUGGCCCACUCUUUGACAAUACAUUGUUGCAAUGCGCAUUGACUGGCGGACACUAUGACUGCGCGCUCUACAUUCUGGACAACAUCAGUCAAUUCCUUCCACUGAUCACUCCACCAUCCAAAUGGAUUGUGAGUGGAAUCAACAUGGUUCGCGAUCCAAACCACCAUCAAUCAAUCAUCCAACUGAUUGACAUGCUGAUCAAUCAUGACUCGGUUGAUCAUAACUUCAAAGAUCUGUACACGGACGCGAUCAAAGCUAGACGAAUGGAUGUGAUCGAUCUUGUUGAACAACUGAUCAGCAAUCCCGGGAUGCACUCAUCGAUUGUGAUCAACAUCGAUCAAGCGCUCAACGUGGCACUCCAAGAGAAGAACAUGGAUGCAAUCAAUAAGAUCAUUGGUAGUCGACCAGGUCAUGUAUUCAAGAACAUCAAGCUCAUGUACAUUGAUCAACUAUCACUAGUCCAUCAAGAUAUGUUCUUGGACACAGUCCCACCUGAGCGCAUUGUAUUUAACAUGGAUGGUCCGACGAGUUCCACCUGCGCGAGACUAACAGCCAGCACCAUAAGGAUGAUGAUUAAGCACGAUCACCACCAUAAUUGUCACCGUGUACUGCUUCAGAACGCCGAGUUUCUAGACGAGAUGGAGCUAAUCAAAUGUCUGGAGGAGGAUGUGGCCAAUCAUGACAGAUCGAUCUCACAGUAUCCAUGGUUGUCUUGGAAAAAUGUAGUGAAUGUGCCUAGGUUUGAUUCGGAUGAUCGCUGUCAAAAUCAGAUUGCGUAUAUCCUGCAUGACAAGAGACUCAGAUGCAGCAAGAUCGACAAGAUCCUGUACACUCUGCAGCAUCUUGAUAGAGUGGACGUUAGUCUCUUUGACAAAGAUGUUAUUGAGUUCAUCUGGCCUAGAUUGAUCAAUGAUCUUAAACAAGACGAUACGUUCAUCCUUCAUUUAUUGUCAUCCAAUGCAGUGGCCAACAAUAUUAUAUUCUACCGGUAUAUCUUGGACAGAUUGAUAGAGGCCAAUCACUUCCAAAUGCCAUUCAUUCCAGCGCCAACAAUGGAACAGAUCAAAGAUAAUAUCAAGUUGUUCAAAAGAUAUUCAUCGAUUCGAUUGAUUGUUGAGAUGUUCACUCCAUCAACAACAAGCCCAUACCAUCGACUUCUGGUUCCACUCACUCAAUCAGAGUUCCAACAAUACCAAUCACUCCUCAUCAACCUUGGCGUCUUCAAUCCAUCACAUCAUCCAACCUCCAUAUGA